CCACUAGCGUCCCCCUCCACACCUCCCCUCCUCCUCCACCAACAUCCCUCCUCCAUCCUCCAGUACAGCUAGAAGGCCCGCUCCGCAAAGAGAGAGAGAAAAAAAAGGGAAGCGGCCAUCCACAAACAAUCAAUUACCAUCCGUCCUUCUCUCCUCCUCGCACUCGACCUCUCCCCAUUCCUUCCUCUGUCCUCCGAGUCGUCGUUUCAUCCAUCAAGAACUCAAUUCCGUCCACUCCUCUACCCCCCACUCCCCACUACGAGCUCAGUGCUAUCCUCCACCAUCACCUUGUCGUAUCAAUUGUAAUCCGUCUCGCAGCUCAAUUCCUUUCAAGUCGUAUUUGCAAAAUCAAAACGGCAACCGAAAACAGAUAGCAAUCCUCACACCCCGUGAUACACCAAAUCCUACUUAACGGCAUCUUAAUCACAUACAACGACUUCACGAUGAGACCGGAACAGGAACAGGAGUUGGCAUACACUCUGCUGGUAGAGCUCCUCGCCUACCAGUUUGCCAGUCCCGUCAGAUGGAUUGAAACCCAAGAUGUAAUCCUCGCUGAGCACUCCGCCGAGCGGAUUGUCGAGAUUGGUCCCUCGGAUACCCUCGGUGGUAUGGCCCGGCGGACACUGGCCUCCAAAUACGAAGCCUACGAUGCCGCUCAGUCCCUGCAGCGCCAGAUUCUUUGCUACAACAAGGACGCGAAGGAGAUCUACUACGAUGUUGAGCCAGUAGAGGAGGAGGACGAGAAGCCGGCAGAGUCGUCGUCGUCGUCACCUUCUCAGGCUGCUGCCGCCUCGCCGAUUGCCAUUGCCGCCCCCGCUCCCGGUGCAGGCCCCGCCGCCCAGGUGGAAGAUGCACCUGUUCAGGCUACCGAUAUUGUGAGAGCAAUCAUCGCACAGAAACUCAAGAAACCGUUCGGCGAUAUCCCGCUGUCAAAGGCAAUCAAAGAUUUGGUCAAUGGAAAGAGUACUCUCCAGAACGAGAUUCUCGGAGAUCUGCAGAAGGAAUUCGGCGCCACUCCCGAAAAGCCCGAAGAUGUCCCUCUCGAUGAGCUGGGAGGCGCGUUUCAGUCUACUUUCAACGGCCAACUGGGCAAACAGUCGAGUUCCCUCAUCGCUCGAUUGGUCUCCAGCAAGAUGCCCGGUGGAUUCAACAUCACGGCGGUGCGCAAAUACCUCGUAGACCGGUGGGGUCUCGGAUCCGGACGUCAGGACGGAGUUAUGCUGCUCGCCAUUACCAUGGAGCCGGCGGCACGAUUGGCUGGUGAACCGGAUGCCAAGGCCUUCUUGGACACUGUAGCGAACAAGUACGCCGCUACAGCUGGUAUUUCCCUGUCGGCACCAGCAGCUGGUGGUGCCGGAGGUGCCGGAGGUGCUGGCGGCAUGAUGAUGGACCCCGCUGCUCUGGAUGCUCUCACCAAGGACCAGAAGGCGUUGUUCAAGCAGCAGCUGGAGCUGUUGGCGAGAUACCUCAAGAUGGACCUACGAAAGGGUGACAAGGCGUUCAUCGGCUCGGAAGAGGGCAAUAAGGUUUUGCAGGCUCAGCUCGACCUGUGGAACGUGGAGCACGGAGAUUUCUACGCUUCCGGUAUCGAGCCUACAUUCACACCCCUGAAGGCCCGUGUCUAUGACUCUUCCUGGAACUGGGCGAGACAGGAUGCUCUUUCGAUGUUUUACGACAUCAUCUUUGGGCGCCUGAAGCUCGUCGACCGCGAGAUAGUCUCUCAGUGCAUUGGUAUCAUGAACCGAUCGAACCCGAUCUUGCUCGAAUUCAUGCAGUACCACAUUGACAACUGUCCUACCGAGCGGGGUGACACCUACCAGCUGGCGAAGCAGUUGGGUGAAAUGCUCAUCGAGAACUGCAAAGAGGCCCUGAACGUGGCACCCACCUACAAAGAUGUCGCCUUCCCUACCGGCCCGCAAACCACCAUCGAUGCCAAGGGUAACCUGAGCUACGCUGAGGUUCCUCGUCCUUCUGUCCGCAAACUUGAGCACUAUGUCAAGGAGAUGGCGGCCGGUGGAAAGAUGAGCGAGUACGGCAACCGUACCAAGGUCCAGAGCAACCUGACCAAGAUUUACAAGAUCAUCCGCCAGCAGCAGAGAAUGUCCAAAUCUUCCCAGCUCGAGAUCAAGACUCUCUACGCGGAUGUUAUUCGCAGCCUUGCGAUGAACGAGGGGCAGAUCAUGCAGGAGAACGGAAAAGCCAAGCGCAACCCCAAGAAGCGCGGCGGUGAAGGAGUCACGGAGUGUAUUCCUUUCCUGCACCUCCGAAGAAAGGAGGAGCACGGAUGGGAGUACUCGAAGAAGCUUACUGGCCUGUAUCUCGAGUGCUUGGAGAACGCUGCUGCGGAGGGUAUCACUUUCCAGGGCAAGAAUGUCCUCAUGACCGGUGCCGGUGCUGGAUCCAUCGGUGCGGAGGUGUUGCAGGGCCUCAUCAGCGGAGGUGCCAAGGUUGUCGUCACUACCUCUCGAUUCUCUCGCGAGGUCACGGAAUAUUACCAGUCAAUGUACACCAAGUACGGUUCGCGCGGAUCUCAGCUUGUCGUCGUUCCCUUCAAUCAAGGCAGCAAGCAGGAUGUCGAAGCUCUGGUCAACUACGUCUACGACACUAAGGCUGGACUGGGCUGGGAUCUUGACUUUAUCAUUCCUUUCGCCGCUAUUCCCGAGAACGGACGGGAGAUCGAUAGCAUCGACUCCAGGUCCGAACUCGCUCACCGUAUCAUGUUGACCAACCUUCUCCGACUCCUCGGUAUGGUGAAGACCAACAAGGCUUCCCGCGGAAUCGAGACCAGGCCCGCUCAGGUUAUCCUGCCUUUGUCGCCCAACCACGGAACCUUCGGUAACGACGGUCUGUACUCCGAGUCCAAGUUGGGUCUGGAGACUCUUUUCAACCGAUGGCACUCUGAGUCUUGGGGUAACUACCUGAGCAUCUGCGGAGCUGUGAUCGGAUGGACCCGUGGAACCGGUCUGAUGAGCGGCAACAACAUCAUCGCCGAAGGCAUUGAGAAGUUCGGUGUCCGCACUUUCUCGCAGCAGGAGAUGGCUUUCAACAUCCUCGGAUUGUUGGCCCCCGCCGUCGUUAACCUGUGCCAGAACGAGCCUGUGUUUGCCGAUCUCAACGGUGCCUUGCAGUACAUCCCCAACCUGAAUGAGCUCUCCAGCAAGCUGCGUCAGAACCUCAUGGAGACUUCCGAGAUCCGCCGUGCAGUCACCUCCGAGACCGCCAUCGAGCACAAGAUCAUCAACGGCGACGAGAACGAGAAGCUCUACCAGAAGGUUACCAUCCAGCCUCGCGCCAACAUGAAGUUCGACUUCCCUGUGCUGCCCGACUACAAGACCGAGAUCGAGUCGCUCGCCGCCACCCGCAAGGGUAUGGUUGACCUCGAGAAGGUUGUCGUUGUCGCAGGUUUCGCCGAAGUCGGUCCCUGGGGUAACUCGCGUACUCGUUGGGAGAUGGAGGCGUACGGAAAGUUCUCUCUCGAGGGUUGCAUCGAGAUGGCCUGGAUCAUGGGCCUGAUCAAGCACUUCAAGGGACCCAUCAAGGGCAAGCAAUACGCUGGAUGGGUUGACGCGAAGACUGGCGAACCUGUCGAUGACAAGGACGUCAAGCCCAAGUACGAGAAGUACAUCCUCGAGCACGCCGGUAUCCGUCUUAUCGAGAGUGAGCUGUUCGGCGGUUACGACCCCCUCAAGAAGGAGCUUCUGCACGAGAUUGUCAUCGAGGAAGAUAUGGACCCCUUCGAGGCUAGCAAGGAGACUGCGGAAGAGUUCAGGAGGCGUCACGACGACAAGGCCGAGAUCUUUGAGCUGGAGUCCGGCGAGUACACUGUCCGCCUGAAGAAGGGUGCCACUCUGCUCGUCCCCAAGGCCCUCAAAUUUGACCGCCUUGUUGCCGGUCAGGUCCCGACCGGAUGGGAUGCCAGACGCUACGGUGUACCGGAGGAUAUCAUCUCCCAGGUCGACCCUGUUACCCUUUACGUCCUGGUCACUGUCGCCGAGUCCAUGAUCUGCGCCGGUAUCACUGAUCCUUACGAGUUCUACAAGUACGUCCACAUCUCUGAGGUCGGAAACUGUGUUGGUUCCGGUGUCGGAGGUACCAGUGCUCUGCGCGGUAUGUACAAGGGUCGCUACAUGGACAAGCCCAUCCAGAAGGAUGUCCUCCAGGAGUCCUUCAUCAACACCAUGGCCGCUUGGGUCAACAUGUUGCUCUUGUCUUCGACCGGUCCCAUCAAGACCCCCGUCGGUGCUUGUGCUACUGCGGUCGAGUCGAUGGACAUCGGUUACGAGACCAUCAUCGAGGGCAAGGCCAAGGUCUGCUUCGUCGGUGGAUUCGACGACUUUCAGGAGGAAGGCUCUUACGAGUUCGCCAACAUGAAGGCUACCAGCAACGCCGAGGAUGAGUUUGCCCAUGGCAGGACUCCCUCGGAGAUGUCUCGCCCUACCACUACUACCCGUAACGGUUUUAUGGAGUCUCAGGGAUGUGGUGUUCAGCUCAUCAUGACGGCCAAGCUUGCCUUGGACAUGGGAGUUCCCAUCUACGGUAUCGUUGCCAUGACCGCCACUGCCACCGACAAGAUUGGACGCAGCAUCCCCGCCCCCGGUCAGGGUAUCUUGACGACUGCCCGUGAGGCCAGCAGCAAGUUCCCCAGCCCCCUUCUGGACAUCGGUUACCGCAAGAGACAGCUCGACCUGCGCAAGGCCCAGAUCAAGCAGUGGACCGAGACAGAGCUUCUGUACUUGAACGAGGAGGUUGCCGCGAUGAAGGCGCAGGGCGCAGAGUUCAACGAGAACGAGUACCUUGCGGACAGGGCCACGCACGUCGAGAAGGAGGCCACCCGACAGGAGAAGGAAGCCCUUUCUACCUGGGGCAACGAUUUCUGGAAGCGUGAUCCCAAGAUCGCUCCUCUCCGUGGUGCCCUCGCUACAUGGGGUCUCACCAUCGACGAUCUGGGAGUUGCUUCUUUCCACGGAACCAGCACCAAGGCCAACGACAAGAACGAGUCUGAUGCUAUCAACAAGAUGAUGACUCACCUUGGCCGUAAGAAGGGUAACGCUGUCCUCGGUAUCUUCCAGAAGUUCUUGACCGGUCAUCCCAAGGGUGCUGCUGGUGCCUGGAUGAUGAACGGUGGCCUGCAGUGCAUGAACUCGGGACUUGUUCCCGGAAACAGGAAUGCCGACAAUGUUGACGCCAAUCUGGAGCAAUUCGAGUACAUCGUCUACCCCAGCCGAUCGAUGCAGACGGACGGCAUCAAGGCCUUCUCCGUCACUUCGUUCGGUUUCGGUCAGAAGGGAGCUCAGGCCAUCGCUGUCCACCCCAAGUACCUCUUCGCAACUCUUGACGAGGCCACCUACAACGGGUACAAGGCCAAAGUUGAUGCUCGAUACAAGAAGGCUUACCGCUACUACCACACCUCCCUGGUCGAGAACAACCUGUUCCAGGCCAAGUCGCACGCGCCAUACACUCCCGACCAGGAGUCGUCCGUCUUCCUUGACCCUCUCUGCCGUGUUGAGGCCAACAAGAAGGCUGGCUCGUACACCUACCCCGCCCAGCUCACGCGCAAGGCCGAUCCUUCGAUCGAGAGCACGCGCAAGAUGGUCGAGCACUUGGCCACGCACUCGGUGACGGGCUCAAACACCAGGGUUGGUGUCGACGCCGAGCACAUCUCGAGCAUCAACGUGGACAACGAGAACUUUAUCGAGCGCAACUUCACUGCCGCCGAGAUUGAGUACUGCAACAAGGCGCCUAGCCCCCAGGCCAGCUUUGCUGGUCGCUGGAGCGCUAAGGAGAGUGUCUUCAAGAGCUUGGGUGUUCCUGGAAAGGGUGCCGGUGCGCCUCUGAAGGAGAUUGAGAUUCUGCGCGACGAGAAGGGCGCGCCUGUUGUCAAGCUUCACGGAGAUGCACAGAAGGCCGCCACCGCUGCCGGCGUCGAGAGCGUCCAGGUGUCGAUCACACACAGCGACACGCAGGCCAUUGCCGUUGCGAUCGCUACUCUUAGCAGCUAGAUGGGGGGGAGGGUCGGUUUAGAUGCGGGUGGUCUGGUUAGAUUGGGGAUGCACUUGUCUACAUAUUGUUUUUUCCAUCUUCCCUUUAUUCUUUCUUCUCUUUCUGUUACUGUUACUGUUACUGUUACUGUUACUGGGUGAUGGCUGGUUUUCAUGGGUAUAAUCUUUUGUUUCGGGGUGUAAUCUUUUUGCUGUUUUAUAGGUUGUAUAGUUUCAUGAUACAUGAUGACGGUGGAGAUGAAUGGAGGUAAAUGGAGCAUCGAAUGGAGCAUCGAAUGGAUGGUGGUUUGGUAAGGAGUCGAGCAUAUGUUCGAGAAGCUUCGGCUUCACUUCCACUUGACGGUGGACACCCCGGGGGGCAACUCCUGUUUCCUGCG